AUGUCAAGCGAUGUGCUACCAGAACCUGGCACUGGUCUCAGUCUGACGCGACGUGCAGCUCUCAAGGGCUUCAAGGAAUUGUUCUGGACCGUGAACUUCUACCCUUAUGUCCUGUCACGAGAUGACCCGGUUAUACUCGCAGCCAUUGAUUACCAAAAUGUGUACAUUUACCAAGUGACAGACAAGGAGGAAUGCGGAUUGCAAUGUCUACACGUCUUCAAACAACCACAACAUACAGCCAAGACCACAGCAGAAACAAAGAAUAGCUGGAUGAACUGCUCUACCUGGUGUUACACGGACGACCAAGAACCAUUGCUUGCCAUUGCAGGUGAGAGUGGCCAUGUGUCAAUUUACCAUGCCAUGACUGGGCGAUUAGUUCAUACGUUGGUAGGACACUCGAAUGGUACUGUGAAUGACUUGAGCACACACCCGAAGUACCCAUGGAUAAUAGCCAGCGCGUCUCUCGACCACAGUAUACGCGUAUGGGACCUUCGACGAGCCGAUAAGCCAGCGCUCUCCACCUGCGUGGCAAUAUGUGGACACAAUACUGGUCAUGUCGCUGGACUUGUAACAAUCGAUUGGCACCAUUCAGGAAGGUAUAUAGUUUCUGGUGGCUACGAUCACCGAGUGUGUGUCUGGACGCUGCCUGACUUUGCACCGAUGUCAGAGUUCUGGUACGAGAUUUCUAAAGAGGGACGAAAACGCAGUCGAGAUGAGGUCCGUGUCAUUCACUAUCCCCACUUCGCAACCAGUGCUAUCCACGGCGACUAUGUCGAUAACGUGAUAUUUCUGGGCGACCUCAUAAUCUCAAGAGCGGCAGCGGAGAACAAGAUUGUGCUUUGGUCCAUAACCGGCUUCCACUCAGCAAAAGAACCACCACCAGAGAUAACCACGGUUAAGGGCCAAGAACAUUUGGAAACCAAGAACGGAUUUCGACGUAGGACCGAUUUGGGAAUCGACGACGACUUUACUCGUGCUGAUAAUGACUAUGCCAGUCCAGAAGUGUACCGAAGAUGUCUGGAGUUGAGCAAUCCAGAUUCAAGCUCGAUAUACUGGCGGUACAGUGUAAGGAAGCCAUCCAAACUGUUCCCUGACGUGCGACCCAUACUCACGGUCGGAAACCACCUAUCGCAGAUUCGGCACUGGGACAUUCAAGCCCUCAUCGAGGGGCACGACGGCUCGGGUCUUGGGGCACGAAAACCGGCUCAGAACAAAGCAUUAGCAAGGCAGAAAAAGAAGGGCAUAGCAGAACCUAUUCGAAAGAUGAAUCGGACGAACACCAAGCGAGCAGGAUCGGAUACAUCACACCAAGCUCUGUCAAACGAUAUAUCUCGUGAGGCUUCUGCUGAGCUCCUGACACACCAAGCAGCAGAUUCAGGGACUGACAGUCCUGCACAAGGCUCCGACUACAGCGAGGCCAAGGAGCGUAAUAGAGUCAAGUACCCUCUACAUGGAACUGGCAAAGAGCUUCCAGCCCACAAGCAGUCCAACGAAGCAUCCGACAUGAAGUUCUUCACCUCUCGAGCCAUCGAUUGGAGUGUAUGCGGACAGUGGUGCGUUGCAGUAGGUGAAAUGCCCGUGCAAGGAGAGCCACAAGGAGGGAUCAUCUUGUAUUCAGUCAAGACAGUAUAG